UGUUACUUCCCGGUCAGCAACAAAUUGAGUUCUCUUCCCACACAAAUGGGAGAUUCCUUGGAACUUGGAGCACGUGGAGGAUUUUAAUUUCUUUAAAAUUUCUCUGUUCUCAGGAAAUUUCCCCAGAACAUUUUACCUCCGGAGGAUCAGUGGAAUUUGAUCUGAAGGGUGGCCAUGACAUCUCAAGGCGGAAGUCUGAGUUCCAAUUUAGAUGAUAACUGUCAAGUGAACUUUCGAGGGAAGCUUCUGAUUAUAGACUCCAACCUGGGGGAUCAAGAUGUGGAGCGCUUAAAGUUUCUCUGCCGGGACCUCAUUGCCCACAAGAGCCUAGAGAAGUCCAACUCAGCCUUGGAUAUUUUUGAUUAUCUGUUGGCAGAGGAGCUGCUGAGCGAGGAGGACCCCUUCUUCCUAGCGGAACUCCUCUACAUCAUCAAGCAGAAAUCCCUGCUGCGGCACCUCCCCUACACCAAAGAGCAGGUGGAGCGCUUGCUGCCGGCCCGCAGGAAGGUCUCCCUGUUCAGAAACCUGCUCUAUGAACUGUCAGAAGACAUCAGCUCAGAGAACUUAAAGAGCAUGAUCUUCCUUCUGAGGGAGUCGAUUCCGAAAGUCCAGAUGACCUCUCUAAGUUUCCUGGCAUAUCUGGAGAAACAAGCCCAAAUAGAUGAAGAUAAUCUGACGUUACUGGAGGAUCUCUGCAAAAAAAUUGUACCUAACCUUACGAGAAAGAUAGAAAAAUAUAAAAGAGAGAAAGCGUCCCAGGUAGUGACACCUCCGGUAGCCACGGGAACUGAGUCAUUGCAUCAAGGAGAAGAGGAACUAUUUUCCCACUCAGACAUUAAACAAUUACUUGGAGGCUUAUCGGAGGGGUCCUGGCAAGAUGAGCAUGCAGGGAGUAACCGUGGCAGAGCAACCCCGGUCUCCACGGAGAUGUCAGGAGCAUCUGUUGACACUGUAACAUCUGAAACCAACACAAAGGAGACCGCUGUGUACAGGAUGGAUCGGAGACACAGAGGGCACUGUGUUGUUGUCAACAACCACAGCUUCACCUCACUGUCAGAAAGACCAGGGACCAACAAAGAUGCUGAGUGUCUGGAGCGCGUGUUUCAGUGGCUCGGGUUCAGUGUACAAGUGUAUGUCAACGUGACUAAAAGUCGCCUAGAGGAGGUUCUGCGGGAAUAUAAGAGUCAUCCAGGCCAUGCUGAUGGAGACUGCUUUGUGUUCUGUGUUCUGACCCACGGGAAAUUUGGAGCUGUCUACUCUUCUGAUGGGGACCUCAUUCCCAUUCGGGAGAUCAUGUCUUACUUCACAGCCCAGCAGUGCCCCGGCCUGGCUCACAAACCCAAGCUCUUUUUCAUCCAAGCCUGUCAAGGUGAAGAGAUACAACCCUCCGUAUCCAUUGAGGCAGAUGCUAUAAAUCCUGAGCACGUGACCCAUUCCCUCCAGGACAGCAUUCCUGUUGAGGCGGAUUUCCUUCUUGGCCUGGCCACUGUCCCCGGCUAUGUAUCUUUUCGGCAUGUAGAGGAAGGUAGCUGGUACAUCCAAUCUCUGUAUAAUCAUCUGAAGGAGUUGGUCCCAAGACAGGAAGAUAUCUUAUCCAUUCUCACCGCUGUCAACGAUGAUGUGAGUCGACAAGUGGACAAACGCGAAAAAAAACAGAUGCCUCAGCCUGCUUUCACACUACGUAAGAAGUCAUAUUCCCCGUCCCACAGGAAGAACUUUUAUUAUAGUGGAAUUCUGAUCAACUUGUAGAUGUGAAAAGACCCUUUGGCCAUCGUUUCCAACCUCCCACCCCUCAUAGAAACCAGUGACAGAUGGUGAGCUGGCCUCCGCCUGUCAUUCUAGUAAUAGGAAAUGCCCUAAGUUCUGAUGCAACAAAUUCUGGGGUUUUUUUUUCCCCUUUUUGAUAAGUCUAACUGUUAGAAAAAAUUUUUCUUAUUGAAGACUUGGAUUGUUGUCUUGAAUUUAGUUGUGCACCCUGAGAAAAAAGCAAUCAGCCUUGGUUUGUGCAUUUGUGAAGUAAAAGGUGGGACCUGGUAUAUUUUAAGGUUCCUUUUGUCUCAGAACCACUAUUCGUGGCCUUGACUGAGCCUAGAUUCCCCAUUGUUAUACUUCUGUAUCCCCUCUGCGUGGCCUUGUUUUGGACACUGGGUGAUGAUGAGGUCAUGGUUUGCUGACCCCCUCUCUGCUCUCCCCCAAAAUUUGGUCUAUGCUGCACCCAUUCCUCGCUUCAGUGUAAGGAAGGCAUUCCUGUAGGAGCUGUUUCUCUUGGGCUGGGGAGGGGGUUGGCUCUAGGAAGACGACAACUCCGUGUGAAGAGAGACACAUUCAGCUACUCUGGGAGCAGAAACUCUACAACCUUGUGUUAAAUUAAUUCCACGUUGGUCAGAACUUUUCAAAUGCUGAUGACAGAACACCUACCUCGAACCAACGAAAGCAAAGAAGAAAACUGAUUGCCUCUUUCACCUGAAAACACAUAACAGGAAGACUGGCUUCAGAUGAGGCUUGAAUCAGGACUAAAUCUGCAGCACAUCAUCUCUCUCAGCCAGAAUCCUCAGGGUUGGCAGCUGACUGUAGUCAAUAGCCCCCACCUUGUCUCUGACACACUCUGCUCCUCUGGACCAAAGUGAUGGGGAGAGAGGCUGCCUCAGGGACUGAGUUGUUCACAGGACUUAUUGCUCUCUCUUUAGCCAGAGGAGUGUCUUGUGGAGGGGGUGGUUCUGUAUGGAAGCCUUGAUAUUUUUAAAAUUACGGUUUUGAACACAUUUGUGUACUAAACUUUUUGCUUAAAUUUCAAGAGGGAUUUUGAAUUCUUAGAAGGAAUUAAAUGUUAAUUCCUGGAAGGAGGGAGACUGAAAGUCCUGUGGGUCAGGACUUCAUUUACACACGAAGAAGCUGAAGCCCAGGGAGACAGACUGAUUUGCUAUAGCCGCCAGCCAGUUAUGCCAGGAUUUUAUUUCCAACUUAAAUGAACUAGAAUGUCACGGGUCAUAACAGGACUUUACUAAUGUUUCCUGGUUAUGCAGGUUGCUCAUGAAAGAUGUCAGAGAAUGAAGAAAAAUAACUCAGUGGUGCUUGAUUUGAGAAUUAUUUCUGUGGAGGUCACAUUAAUGCCUGGCAAAUUUGCAGUGAGAAAUAUUCAUAAGAACCUUGUUAUAAUGUAGCAAGUAAUUAUGUUGAUUUGAAUGUAAGUUGACCAAGGAAACUAAUAUAUAUGUAGAGAUGAUUUUCCAAAACCAUUGUUCAUACAUGUCAAAGCUAACAAACAGCUUGGUGGUUACUGUCUUUGUCCAGUUGGAUAUACACAGCUUUUGGACAUUUAAUAGUCCUUUGUAAGUGAUGGAUGGUCUGAUACAAAGGAAAGAGCAAAGGAUCUGGAGAGAGAAGCCUUGGUUUUCUGUUGUACGCUGUGACUCCCUUGCUCUGAGGCACUUUAUCAAGCUAGUUUUUUAAGCCUUAUCUAUGAAGAGGAAAAGUAUUAUCUGUUGGGAGGAUUAAGGUUGAAAUCCAGUUGUGAUGCGGUGUGUGUAAGGCCUUUGGGUGGCAAGCCUUCUGGUAGUAACCUCAGUGGAAACAGCAGAGCUCGUAUUCCUUUGCCCCUAAUUCCAGCUGACUUUUACCCUCAAAUCAACACUAGCAACACCCACCGACAUGCUCUGAGUGAGGAACAAGACCAGCUCUGGGCUCUGAGUCCAGCUGGACAAGGCACCGCUGAUGAUGGACUGUCCUGCCCCAGAAACCUGUGGGACUUGUGCUCGGCCUCUGGUCCCUGGCCUCUGGUCUAUUUUAUAUUUCUGUUCCACUGGACCUUAGUGCUUGUGCAAAGCUAAACUCCAGAAUCAGGAAACUUUCUAUGAGCUUUCUUUUCAGAAGCCCCUAGCAAACACUUGAGAAGUCACUAGAGAUCUAUGUCUGUGAAUCAUCUGUACAGAUGCCAGGAGCGUGGUCAUUCUUCGCUCAUUUUUUCUAAAUGGAGCAUGUACACACUUGUCUCUUGUCUGUACGUAUGUGUAUGUGUGUGUGUGUGUGUGUGUGUGUGAAUUUAGAGUCCAGAGACAACAGCAGGUGAUUUGGUCACAGCUACUUGGUAGUGGCGACAACCAUUGUCUACCUACCUGGAUAUUUAUGAUGAAAACAGGCAAACUGAGUAAGUUUCUGUAUAGUUUGCCUAGUUUUGCUCAACCUACAAGAGCUGUAGUUAAUUCUUUCUUUCUUUUCCCUUCUUUCUCUCUCAGAAGUUUGGCUUCUACCAAAUAAGAUAAAGGACAUGAAAAUUCUUGUUACAGCAUUACGCAAGUGUUAGUUAUUUAAUAACAAUACUGCCGGUGUGCAACAUUGUCAGUACUAGUCACUACAGCAUCCUACUGGGCUCUGCUUCAGGGAUUCACCGUGGUGGGUGGCCAGUUUGAUAUCGUGGCAUUUCCCUUAGCAAUACAUUAUAUCCCGCCAGUGCUCAGGUAAUUUAAACACAUAAGCAACUUCAUAUUUAAGCACUGCCACAUAACUUCUGUGCUCACAUCCUGGUACCCAUAGAAAGCAAUGAACCUUACACUGCAUUUUUAAAUGUAGCAUGGAUUAGGGUCCCUAGCUGGGGUCCCCAGAUUUACUGUCAGGUGCCAGUGGUUAAUCUGUUGGAAACCUUUCUCCCAUCCAUCCUCUUACCCCACGACAGACUCCUGCUCUGCCAUCCCUCCCCUCCGCUUAACUCUUCCAGCAGAGGGAACUCAUACGAACGCCGAGUCGCGGAUUCGGGAGACCCUGUGGUCCAGCCUUCUGAGUGGAGGAUUUGCAAUCCUGCCACCUGGUUUCACUUGUGGACGGCUUUCAUUUUUUCUCUGCUGGACUUGAAUUGACCCCCUUAGAAUGUCCUUAAACCACUGGUUCUCAUUCUCAACUCGAGCCACACCAAACAAGUGUAACGGUCUCCUGGUGAGAUACAUGCUGCACGUGACAAGCAUUUUUGGUUUUUUUUUUUAACUUUUUUUUUUCUGGUAGGGUCUGGGUCUGGUCAAAACUCUACAGUUUGCUCUUAAGGUUGUGGUAAGAAUAUAGAGACACAUUUGUAUCUUUAAACAGAAACUGCAUUCUGAAAGUAGAUCUCUUAAAAAAAGCACUGAAGGGAAUUUCCUGUUUAAAAGAAAGAGCCAUUUGUCAAUACAAACAACUGUCCCUUAAUGUAAGUUUUGCACAUAUAAAAUUUUAAAAGAGAGUUUUUCUAUUUAAAAUGCUAAAUUGUAUUAAAUUUUACUUUUUGAAUAGGGUUUAUCUUUACAUUGUUUGAAGAUAAGAAAAUAUGGACGGGUGUUCAAGAAAAGUCUUGGCCCCAUUUCUGUCCACUGUAUGCCCAGUUCUCUCUCCUCCUCAUUCCAUAGAUAAUUCCAGGGUUUCUUAGUGCAAAUGCAACAAAUACAAAUAUAUGUGCAUUUUAAAAUAGGUUAUUCUUGAUACAGAGUACAUACACUGUGAAACUCACAUCUCAUUUGGUCUUACUUUGAAUGAUUCUGUGAGAUGCCUGGAAAUACUGGUACAAUUCUAGAACAGGAAUAACUUUAUGAGCUUUGUGGACUGAGCACUUGUAAAUAGUAGUAAUUGUGUUACCAAUAAAUAGAGAUAUUUUUCCUUUUUA